AUGAAGAAUUAAAAAUAAACAAGCUAAUAAAGCGAAGCAGCUAAGCAAGCUUAGUUAAACCGCUAAAAGAAAAAAGGAAGUUCACUAGGAUUUUUUAGCAAGUAUUCAACUUAAAUUAGUGUUGCUUUGUUUGGUUCCCUUUUGUUAGGUGCAAUUAUUUCAGUAAUGAUACCAACUGGCAAGAAAUUAACUGAAAAUGUUAUUGUUGAAGAAGAAAUAGCUUAACACAAUGCAUAAAAUUAUUCUUUUAAAAUAGGUCCUAAUACAAUCUUUAAGGACACUACUCUUGCUUCAACUUAAAAAUUGUUUUUGAAUUAAAUUUCACAUAAAUAAUCUUUAAUAAGAUGUCCUUCUGAAUAGGAUUAAAAUAUAAUAGAUUUGUCCUUUAAUUUCCAUACUAAAUAUCCCUAGUGCGUCCGUCCAAUUGCAAAUUAAGGAAAAGAUUGCAGUGCUUCUUAUUCAAUAGCCGCUGUUUCUUCUGUUGCUGAUAGACUCUGUAUGGCAUCUGAGGGAGAUUUUAACUUCGGUCUUAGUGCUUAACCUACCAUCUCUUGUUAUGAAAAUUAAUCAUACAAGUGUGAAGGUGGUUAUGUAUCUAAAACUUUCUAAAAAGGAAAGACCACUGGUUUUGUCAAAGAAGAAUGUUUACCUUAUCAUGGUACUGAUUCAAAUGAAGGAUGCUCACUUAUUGAUAAAUGUGAACAUUUCAAGAUUUAUGAUUAUUGUGUUUCAGCAGGUUAAGAAAGCAUUAAACGUGAAAUCAUGUUAAAUGGACCUGUUGUAUCAUUAAUGAACGUCUUUUCUGAUUUCUUAGUUUACAAGUCAGGUGUUUACCGUGUUUUAGAAAAUGCAGCAAAACUAAAAGGUCAAUAAGCAGUUAAAAUUAUUGGUUGGGAUAUUGAUCCUCUUACUAAGGACUACUAUUGGAUAAUAGAAAACUCUUGGGGAGAAGAAUGGGGUUUAAACGGUUUAGCUUACGUAGCUAUGGGAUAAGAAGAAUUAAGAUUAGAAGAAUAUGCUCUUGCUGCAAUUACCCUAUAACAAGCCGAAACAGCUUCAUCCUAAUAAGCAAAAGCCUAAAGUCAAGGAUCUACUCUCAAUUAUGACGAAAUUUGA